AUGGAUAGCAUCAUUUCAACCGUGGACAAUGAGCACUGGCGUCAACAACGUCAACACCUGAUUGAGGCAUUUAUGCCCUUGUCGUCUUUGGCCAAGAUCAUGCCAGUUUCACUGGCACGUGCCAAGGAGUGCUCUGAGCGUUUGCGGGAGAUGGCCGAGAAGGGCCCUGUUGACAUGAGCAACUUUCUAUUGCACGAAGCACAGGCACAACUGCAGCUGGCACUGUUGGGAGUGCCAGAGGAGAUCAUGGAGGAAACAAAUGCAGGUAUUCGCCAAACCUUCAUGCUCAGCCCUGAUGCCAAGAUUGGCCAUUUGAGUGAAGCAAUGAAGGGUCUCAUGAAACUUGCCCGAGAGGAUGCCAGUGUAGCUCUUCCUUCUGAUGGCUGCCCAGUCCGAGGCCCACUAUCACGGGCUUUGCAAACCGGCCAUUUCGCGAGCAGCACAGAUUAUGGGAAUUUGCUGCUGAUCCUUUUUGCUGGCCAUGACACCACAGGACACACCAUGACCUGGCUCCUGUUUGAACUCGCUCGGCAUCCGGAGAUUCAGCAACAGGUGCAGGAGGAAGUGGACCACUUCUUCGCGUCCUUGUGUGGACGGGAUCCCUCGUACCAGGAUUUGAGCGGAUUCGACUUGUUGGACCGGUGUAUCACCGAGACUCUUCGAUUGUGGCCGGCCGUGGCAAACGGGACCUUCCGCCAGUUGCAGUUCGGUGAAGACCUGAAAGGCGUUGGUGGGCAGGUGCAGCUUCCGAAGGGCACCUUUGUUACCGUCACCAACUGGUGCCGUCAUCGGAAUCCUGAGCUUUGGGGUGCCGACGCAGACACCUUCAACCCUUGGCGCGACUUCAGCCAGCAGGAGUUGGUGCGGGUUGGCUGCCCUAUGGCAGCGAGGACUCCUCAGAGCGCACGCUUCUCCCCUUUCGCACACAAUCCCCGCAGCUGUUUGGGGAAAAACUUUGCACAGAUGGAAAUGAGGCUUAUCCUCUCCUACAUUUUGGGGCAGUUCAGCUUCUCCUUGGCCCCCCCCAUAUGA